GGUGGUUGGCGUGGCGCGUGACGGGCGGGGGCUGCUUCUGCUGCUCCCGCUGCGGUGUGAGGUGGGCACGGACGGUCGCGGCUGCUCCGCUCCGCUCGGCUACGCGGUUCCCCCGUCCGCUCUCUAAGGCCCGCUGGACACCCAUCGGACCGGAUAGGACAGCUUUUCAGGUGGCUUCAUCAUGGAUGAAACUGUUGCUGAGUAUAUCCGAAGAACUGUACUAAAAAUCCCACGAGAUGAAAUCAAGACAAUGCUAGAGAAAUGGGGCUUGCUUUCUGAGACGCAGCUGCAAACCAUAAACUUUCGUCAGAUAAAGGAGAGCAUUUCUCAGGAUGUUGUUCAACUCUGUGAGGAAAAUUCUGUAGACAUAAAGCAAGCGGCUGUCCUAGACAUAAUUUACAACCACGUCUACCCAAACAAAAGAGUGUGGUGUGUUUACCAGAUGAAGAAAACAGGGGAAGAAGCGGAAUUUUUUGACUUAACAGAUUUCAAAAAAAAAUUUAAAGGAAGGCUUCGGUCAGCCUUGAAAAAUGUCACCAUCAACUUUAGAGAAUAUGAGGAUAAUGCAAUCUGGAUUAGAAUUGCCUGGGGAACACCGUAUACAAAACCAAACCAGUACAAACCCAGUUAUGUUGUAUACCAUUCACAGACUCCCUAUGUCUUCAUUUCUGCCUCAGUGCUUAAGAGCAACUUGCCUCUGCUGUGUCAGGCCCUGGUUCUUGCUUCUAAUUACCAUGACAUCCGUGAAAUGGAGCUUCGAAGUCAUUCUUUAAACUCCCUUAAAGAUAUUGUGUUUAAGAGAUAUAGCCAGAACUUCCAAACUCAUUAUCCGAGACCUCUACAAGAAAGGAAUGUAGCACCCAAAAGUGCAGAUUUAAGGAUAAUUCAAGAAAACAGAAAUGAGAAAGAAAGAAUAGAGAGAGUGAAUCGGGAAGUUUUUGGUGAUGGUCCCCAACCAAAACUCGAAUUUGCACAAUAUAAGCUUGAGACGAUGUUUAAAAGUGAUCCUCAAAUGGAUGUUUUGGAUAAAAAAGAACCAUUCAGAUGUCUGGUCAAGUUUUCUAGUCCACAUCUUUUGGAAUCGCUGAAAUCCUUGGCACCAGCAGGUAUGGCUGAUGCACCAAUUUCACCACUACUUACAUGUAUACCACAAAAAGCUAGGAAUUAUUUUAAAAUUAGAGAGAAGAAACAUUUCUUUCCGGAAAGCUUUGUAAGCCCUUAAUUUAAAACUGAUUCAUAGAGAAAUAUAUAACUCAUUUAUUACUGGUAUUAAUCUAAAUCAUAAUAAACUUCAAAACAGAUUUUUAAAAAAUAACUUAUUCUUUCAUAAUCUCCUACAGUAUUUUUUCCAAAUUACGGCAGCUUUGCAUUUUUUUUUCCACGUUUGUCUUUAACAGAAGAGUUAACUCUUCCCUGAAGUGAUUAAAAACUGUUAGUUGCAAAGUUUAAACAGAGAUUGUGGUUAUUUUAAAUUUAAAUGUGAUGACUGCUCUUAACUGUAUUUUUCAUGGUAUUUGUGAAGUUAAAGAUAGCUAAAGCUUAAUACAACACAAUACAAUAAGACAACUGUAGCUAUUCAGUUUGCUAUCAUAGCUGUAGAUGGCCAAGAUAUUCUAGGUGGCCUUCUUAUUUCGGCUCCAGUUCAGCAGCGUAACAGAACAUGUGCCCCAUUUUGAACACGUCAAUAGUCCCAUUCAAAUAAGUGGGACUACCUGUCUGCAGGUCAGGCAUGUUUUUAUCUUAGUAGAUGAAGAUUAUAUUGAAAGACCAUUACAGCGCAUGGGGAAGAAGGGCCUCUUGAAAUAUAGAUGUCCUUAAGAAGUUUCCAUGCAGCUUUAAUGGAUAUUAAUUCAGAUCCAGAGUUUUUACUCACCAAGGGCAACAGCCAAUCACAAAUACU